AUGCGUAAAAAUCAAAAGCGUGCCGUGAAUUACAGCUGAGACAGCUAUGCUGACUGUUAGUUUAGCGCCAUGAGAGUCAAUCUUUAGUAAAGAGAAAGCGAGGACAGGACCAUCAAGAGUGCGGGCGCCCACAUCCUGUCAUCUACACCCUAAGCUUAGCUCCAGACCCACAGAGUCGAACAUUCCUCCACAAUGGCGCUUUCCUCCAGGCUAAAAUACGUGUCUCUGGGGGUUCUGGUGCUGCAAACCACCCUGCUGGUUCUCACCAUGCGCUACUCCCGUACCCUGAAGGAGAACGGUCCUCGCUACCUCGCCUCCUCUGCCGUAGUGUCAGCUGAAGUGCUCAAGAUUUUUAUGUGCACUCUCCUCAUCUUCAGUGAGAACAAUUUUAGCUUGACGGCAAUGUACGAGCUGCUGAACAAGGAGAUUCUGAACAAGCCCGUGGAGCUCGUGAAGCUGGCCGUUCCUGCAGGGAUCUACACUCUGCAGAACAAUCUGCUCUAUGUUGCCCUGUCCAACCUGGACGCAGCCACCUAUCAGGUCACGUACCAGUUGAAGAUCCUCACCACAGCUUUGUUCUCUGUCUCCAUGCUCGGGAAAAAGUUAGGCAGCUACCAGUGGCUCUCCCUGCUCUUCCUCAUGGCCGGGGUCACUCUGGUGCAGUUGCCCGUCGAGUCUCUGGGUGACUCUGAACAGAAUGUAAUGUCUGCAAGCUCCCAGUUUGUGGGCCUGAUCGCUGUGCUGAUGGCCUGUGUGUCCAGUGGUUUUGCUGGAGUUUACUUUGAGAAGAUCCUCAAAGAGACAAGCCAGAGUCUGUGGCUUCGUAAUAUACAGCUGGGUUUGUUCAGCUUUGUGUUUGGCUUGACAGGCAUGGUGGUGUAUGAUGGCGAAAGCUUGAAGCAGGAGGGGAUUUUCCAGGGAUACAACACUAUUACCUGCAUAGUUGUCGUCUUACAGGCUCUCGGCGGGCUGAUCGUGGCUGUAGUCAUUAAAUAUGCUGACAACAUCCUCAAAGGAUUUGCCACCUCUCUAUCAAUCAUGGUGUCUACACUCAUGUCGUAUUUCCUGUUGAAGGACUUUAAUCCCACAAGCGUAUUUUUUCUAGGUGCAGUGCUGGUUAUUGCUGCCACAUUUCUUUACGGCUAUGAGCAGAAACCUGCCAGCAGCAGCACCAACAAAGUGUAAUCAGAGACUUGCGUGAAUUGUGGCUCUACGAACUGUGACCAGGAAUUUGCCACAUGAAUAAUUUCAUUACAGAAAAAGUAAAGACAAGUUACUGGGAAAUACAGUCUUUUGGAAGUGGGCCUUCUCUGAAAAAGUGCAAAAUGGAUGUUAGCAGUGACUCAUGUGAAAGCUAUUGUUUUGAGCAUGUCAGGUAAACUUAACACUACAGAAAAGAAAACGGCGUAAGGCGAACAGGAGGACAUGAUAAGCAAACCAUAUCCUUGCUGGCAAACUAAUGUGAAACUAGUUCACGUGUGUCAGUAUUAGAACUGUGACGUUCCACCUCAGGAGGUACAGAUGCUACAUUUAAGCUUUGGGUUGCUAAAGAAUUGUAAUUUUAAAAUGAUCACGUCUUUUGAAGAAGUGGCACAUAAUUUUAGUGCAAAUGGAAAGUCCAGCCAUCCAUUCACUUCCGCUUAUCCUUUUCAGGGUCGCGGGGGCAAAUGGAAAGUGUUUCUUUAGAUAUCAGCAGAGAAGUUUUGAAAAAGCACAACAGCAUAUUGCACUUACUAGAUCCCCACAAGCACGUGCUAAAAUAAUAAUAACAAAGGAGCGCGUCGUAUCAGAUUUUUAUAAUCUGUCUGGAUCCUCCACCACAUUGCCAAGGUGCUCUACUGGAGGCUGUUUGAGUACAGCGAGCUCUCAUGUUCAAACAAACAGUUUGACAUGAUUUGCGCUUCAUGAUAGGGUCGAUUAUCUUGUUGGAAGCAUCAGAAGAUGGGUCGUAAAGGGAUAGACAGGUUUAGCAACAAUACUCAGGGCUGUCAUACAUACAAGGGCUUGUGUUCUGCUUAAAGCGUGCCAGGAAAAUACCUCUAAAACUAUCAUGUAUUAACUGUAACCCCAGUUUCUUAGCUGACAGCAGGUUCGAUGUGUUAUGCAUUCAGAGAUGCUCUUCUCCCUACCUUGACUGUAACAAGUGUUUAUUCGAGUCGCUGUUGUCUUCCUGUCAUUUCAAAGCAGUCUGAUCAUUCUCCUCUGAACUCAACAAGGCAUUUUCACUACUGUGCACAGUUUUCUUACCUGUUUGGAUCAUUCUUUAUGAACUGUAGAGAUAGUUGUGUGUAAAAAUAAACCAGCAGUUUCUGAAUUACUCAGACCAGCCUGUGCAAAGUCAAUGAAAUCACUGUACUUCCACAUUCUCACACUCAGUUUUCAGCAUCUCAUCCUGAAUAUGUCUACAUGUCCUAAUGAGCAGAGUUGCUGCGAUGUGAUUGGAUGAUCGUAGAUAUCCAACGAGCAGUCUGACAGGUGUACCUAAUGAAGCUGCCGCUGAGUGUACGCUUAAGAUGGGUUACAUUUAACAUAU